GAAUUUCUUUGCCAUAGUAAUACAGUUUGUUUAUUGUGGUUGACGUUAGUGGUAAUUCAGAAGUUACUUGUACCCGAAAGAUUUUUAGUUCAAGAUGAGUGCCAUUGCGAAUAUUGCUAUUCAGAGUACAGCUGGUGCUGUUCCUGUGAGAAAUGAAAAAGGUGAAGUGUCAAUGCAAAAGGUGAAAGUUCACCGUUAUGUAUCUGGAAAACGGCCAGAUUAUGCACCUAUGUCAAGCAGUGAAGAGGAAUCAGAUGAUGAUGAUUUUAUUGAACAAAAAAGGCGACAGCCUUUCCGUACAUAUCCAAAUGCCGAAACAGUGGAGAGUGAUGUUCCAGAAGAAGCAGAAGCAGAAAUUGAUGACCCAAGACUUCGAAGACUUCAGACUAUUAUGGCUGAGGAGGAAGCAUCCAAUGAAGAAGGAAGACUUGAAAGACACAGACAUAUUCAUGCCCCUGAAGUACUUCAGGGUGGUGAAUCAGAUGAAGACGAUGGAAAACCACAUCGAGAUGAAGGUAGUGAAGAAGAGGAGGAGGAAGAACUUAGUGAUUCAGAGAUAGAAAAAAGACGACAACAGCUCCGAGAAAAAUUAUUGAGCCGCAAAGAAGAAGUUGAGGUUGAAAUAUUGGACAAAGAAGAUGAAAAUAAAAGUCCAGAAAUCACUGAAUCAGAGUCAUCAGAAUAUGAGGAAGGAACAGACUCAGAAGAAGAAGUUGGACCAAGACUAAAGCCAGUUUUUGUACGUAAGAAAGAUAGAGUGACUGUAUUGGAGAAAGAGCGAGAAGAACAAAAGAAGAAAUUAGCACAACAAGAAGCAAAGAAAAUGGCUGAAGAACGUCGCAAGUACACCCUCAAGAUGGUAGAAGAUGAGGUUCGCAAAGAAAUGGCUGUGAAAGAAACAGAAGAACCUUCCUUAAAUGAUAUUGAUACUGAUGAUGAAAAUGAUGAAGUUGAAUAUGAAGCAUGGAAACUGCGGGAGUUAAAGAGAUUGAAACGUGAUCGUGAAGAGAGAGAAGCGGUUGAGAGAGAACGUAUGGAAAUUGAACGGCUGAGAAAUAUGACAGAAGAAGAACGCAGAAUUGAACUACGCAACAAUCCAAAACAUGUCACGAAUAAAGCAGCCAAAGGAAAGUACAAAUUUCUACAGAAAUAUUAUCAUCGGGGAGCUUUCUAUAUGGAUGAAGAUCAAGAAUUGUUUAAACGUGAUUUCUCAGCUGCAACUUUGGAAGAUCACUUUGAUAAAACUAUUCUGCCAAAGGUAAUGCAGGUGAAAAAUUUCGGCCGAAGUGGGCGUACAAAAUAUACGCACCUGGUGGACCAGGAUACAACGCAGUUUGAUUCCCCUUGGGUUUCUGAAACAGCUCAGAAUCUGAAAUUCCACACAACUCUUGCUGCUGGUAUGAAGCAAGUGUUUGAGAAACCAACACAGUACAAAAGGAAACAACAACAGCAGUGAUUGUGUUCACAAGAAAACAAAAGUUCAUGUAAAAACAGUAAAGACUUCAUCACCAUUGUUGUUUUACUUGUUUACAAAAAUCAAGUGUGUGUCUUUUCAGAGUGAUAGACUUUUUUUUUAGAUAUCUGAGAAAUGUGUGAAAGUUGUACAGAACUUCUGUGACCUGUAUGUCAACAUUCAUUGUACAGUGAUUCAUUUUACAGUGACCGCAUAUUAUCCCAUCAGUGGAUUCCUUUUGGAUGUAAGUGUGUAACAAAACUUGAAGAGCUUAAUUUUAUAUUGCCAGAAAUAUGAUUUUACUGGCUUCUGUGAAGAGUGCACAGAAAUAUUGGGUUGGCAGAUUAAUUUGUUCUUUACUUUUAUGUGUGAUGAAACACAGUGUACUGAUAUAUUUUGACAAUUCGUAUCAGCUUAAUAAUUCUGAGCACAUAAUGUAUUUGAAGCAUAUAAAGAAAAUACUUACACUGUAUAUUUCAUACUCCACUCAUCUGUGCAGAUCUUUCAGUGUAGAGAAUACUGUAAGUCGAAUAAGUGGUAAUUGGAGGGUGUCAUGAAUAUGGGAAAUAAGGCAGUACAUCACAGCUAAGAUUCAACAAUGCACUCAGUGUGCUCAGUAAUGCACAGGGAAUGGUGUUGUCAAUGUCAAAUUUGCUCAAUCACACCUUCAUCCUUGGCUGGUUUUGAAUGAUUUGUGUGAAUGACUUAACUGCAACCACUCUACAUUAGGGAGAAAAAUGCUAUCUAAUAGUAUCUCGUGUUCACCAAAAUCCAGAACAUACAAAACUGAUGAUAAGUGAGAAUAAAUUUUCAAGAAAUUGAACAAUCAAGGUAUGCAGUGAAAUCAGGAAA